UUUACGUCGCGCAGCGCAUCUUUCUGGGAAUCACAUUAUAUUCAUUUCGAUUUUUUUCCAGCUAGAUCCGGAGUGCAAUUUCGACUACUUAUUUAAAUAGAGCGUAGUAAUAAGUUGAGUCAGUUUGAAUUCGAUAUUUUUCGUGUAUAUUUCGAUACCUAAGUGAUAUUAAGUGCAUAUUGUAUAAAGUUGAUUAGUUUAAUAAAAAUUGUAACGGUUUGAGAAGUGGGUUUCAGUGAACCCGGAAUCCGUGACAAUUUGGGGUCAAAAGUGGGAUUUCAAAGUGUGAAGCUGAAGAACAUCAAGGAUCAAGGAAAGAGAAGAAAUAAAUCAUCAAGCGACAUUCUAAAAUAAUUCGAAACAUUUUGGUAACAUCUUUCCUCUAUAGAACUAUAGAAGGUUGAAGAGUUCCUGUGUGAGAACAAGAAUAUCUUUGAGGGUGAAAAUGGCGAAACUGGUGAGACGAACAUCAUGAAGCAUGAAAUCAAUACUGACAGUGCUCAUCCGAUCCACCAAACUAGAAGACUUUCCAUGACCAAAAAACAAGAAGUGGAGUCAAGUAGACAGUAUAUGCUUGCAGAGGGAGUUGUUGGAGAAUUUUCAAGUCUGUGAUAAUCUCCAAUUGUACUAGUACCAAAAAAAGAUCAAUCUACCAGAUUUUGCGUCGAUUACAGAAGCUUAACGAUAUCAUAUGUCACUUAAGAAAAACAGCUACCCAUUACCCUGAAUUGACGAUACUCUUAUACGACUCAAAUUGGGUUUCUACUUUGGAUUUAAUAAGCGGAUACUGGCAGGUGGGCAUUGACGAAAAAGACAAAAAGAAUACAGCGUUCCCCACUGAAAGUGGUCUUCACCAAUUCAAGGUAGCCUUUUGGACUCUGUAAUGCGGAACGUCUCCGCAAUUUUUGACAGGUUGAAGGAAAUCGUAUUACGAGGACUUACGUGGAAAGUAUGCCUUGUUUAUCUGGACGAUGUGUUAGUGAUGGGAAAAACUUUCGAUGAGCACCUACGAAACUUACAAGAAGUAUUUACUCGUAUCCGUAACGCAAACCUCAGAUUAAAUGACAAGGAAUGUUCACUCUUCCCACAGCGGGUUGAUUUUCUUGGCCACGUAGUUUCACCCGAAGGAAUUUAUACUGACGAGAGAAAAAUCCAACAAACAAACAUGAACUCAGAAGUUUUGUUAUGCUUUGAACAUACCAUACUACAGAUGAUUUGUAGAAGUACCUAUUUGCUAAGGUAGUAGCGCCGAAGAAAAAGUUAUUUUUUAUUGGACCACCAACUGUGACGUAGCUUUUGGGACUUGGGAGGCUAAAGGCAGCUGUAAGUUCCAGUCCUAUAUUAGGCUACCCACGGGUACAAGGAAAAUUUAUUUUGGACAUAGACGCGAGUAAUACAGGAAUCGGAGCUGUUCUGUCGAAAAUACAAGAUGAAGAACAAAGGGCGAUUGAUUACUACAGUAGAAAGCUUACUAAGCCCGAGAGAAAUUACUGCGUUGCCUAUAAAAAAGGAACUGUUUGUGAUUGUCAGAGCAGUUGGCCAUUUCCACAAGUACCUCUAUAGUCUAUGGACAAGAAUUUUUCAUUAGAACAGACCAUGCAUCGCUCAGCUGGUUUCUUAACAUGAAACAACCAGCGGGACGAAUAGCAAGAGGCCUGGAGAAGUUAGAGCAGUACAAAUUUCAGAUCAAACACAGUUCUGGUAAAUUGCAUAAUAACGCACAUACCUUAUCCAGGCCACCAUGCCCAGCUCAAUGCAAGUACUGCCUCAGAAGAAACCACCGUAAAGGAGUUCCUAUUAGAAGCCUCUAAUUUGAAACGGAUCUAGAAUGGAGUUCCAAACAGCUCAGAAGUGAUCAAUUACAAGAUAGUGACAUCAAGCCAUUUUUAAAUCUACAGGAAUCCGGGAAGAUUAUUUAUAGACUGUGAGAUGGGGGCUGUUUAGUGGAGUAAUUUUUUUGUCUGGCAUUUUGAGGGCUGAAUGUGGCUACUAAGCUCAUGAGAAUAUGGGUGAUUUUAAUGCCGGCCUCCCGUUCGAAAAUUUGCAGAAGAAAAAAAUCGAUUUACAUGAAAUUUUUUUUUUAAAUGAUCUCAAAUUUUCUAGCUUUUAAAUAAAAGAUUGACAUUGAUAAAUAAUUCACCCAUGAAAAAUAUCAGAUGCUUUUCAAUAGCUGAAAAAAUGGGGAUGGGUGUCAACUUCCAAGAGAAAAGAAAAGAACCUUCCGCGUUUACUUUUUGUCUGGCAAUCGAGAGAAUGAAAGAUUUUGUUGUGAAAAUAACGCUGAAAAAUCGCCAGACGGUAAUAACAGUUCGAAAUCGAGGUUUUCGGCGAAACAUUCUGUGGACAUUUCGAACAGAAGGCAGGCAUUAAAACCACUUAUAUUCUCAUCAGCUAACUAGUCACAUUCAUCCCUCAAAAUGCCAGACAAGAAAAAAUGACUCCACUAAACAGGCCCUAUCUCAGGGUCUAUUACUCUAUCUCUGUAACAUGAUGUGUUGGCAAGGAAAUGGGUCACUCUUAUCUUACAUAUUUCAUCAUUUUUUGCGAUUGGACUUAAUUAUUUUAUAGGUCAUGCAUAUUAUAGGUCAGAAAUUCCAAAAGAAAUAUGAAGAAAAUCUAAUUAUUUUCAAAUAUUAAAGCUCGUUCCUAUAACUUUUUAAGUUGGCGACUUGAAGCAGCUCUAAAAUCUUGCCAUCAGUUUCAAUUUAAAAUCUUCUCAAUAACUCCUACACAUAUCCACAAUUUCAACUUAAACUUGUAAAUACUUGUAAUUUUCUAGUACAGUACUAAUUGGUAGGUACUCGUACUUCUACCAUGGAACAAAAUUUCAAUUAAAUUACUUCUUUUAGGUAAAAUUCACGCCAGCUGGGAAUUAAAUAAUUUUUUGAAUAAAGAUAAGUUCAAGUAACUCUCUAUACAGCCAAUCUUUGACACCAUUUUCAACGCAAUUGGUACCAGUAAAGUGGGUAUGCCGGCCAACCAACAACAACAGCAAAACCAAGUCAAAAGUGAAAAGAGUACCACGUUGAACGGAACAAUACACAAAUAUAUUUCAAUUAAUUGUCUUUAUUUUAGUGUUUCGGAAAGUUAUUCGUUAAUAAUUUGAUAUUAGGAGGUCCCAUCCGAAAAAUCUGGUUCCAAAAAUGAUAAAUUUCUUGGGCCCCCGUCAUCGGUGACUGUUUUAUUGUUAUUAGCCAAACCGGAAUUUAAAUGUGAUUUUUAUUAUUUCGCUUUUCUUCGGGGAAUCUAAAGACCUGCUUUUGCUGUGAUAUUAUAGCACCUUUUAUUUUAAGUGUUGAUAUUCUUCUUUGUACUUGAAAAAAAUGUGUCUAAUUUUCAGAUUUUUAUUAUUUUUAGGAUGUGUACUACAGAAUUGCAUGGGAAAAGCUGCACAAGACUUGAGAGUACCCCCUAAAGUAGAGACAAAUCCAAUAUUAUCCAGUUCAUAUAUUCCUGCUGCCAUGCAAAUUAUAGCGCACGAUACUGAACUUAUGAAGUAUGUGAUUAAACCCCCAACAGGUACUACAACCACUUCAACUACAACCAUGAGACCAACACCUGCUCACAGUCCAGCUAUAUUUGCCCCAACCAACUCAUUAAGAGCUAACUUUCCUAAAACUAACAAACAUGACCAAUACGUUGAAAUCCAACAGCAGCCAAGUGGAGAAAACUACUUUGAUAGAUACAAUGCUUAUCUAUCUUUAAAUAAUCAGCAGGGAAGAGCGUUAGAGACUGAUUUAUAUGGGGCAGUUGAUCAAUAUUUAGGAAAAGGUUUCGGAGAUGUUCUUAAAUUAGCAAAUAGGAUUGAUGAAGAUCUAGAAACGGAGGAUGACCUUUCAGAAUUUUCCAAAAAUUUCGAAGACUCGGAUUCUGGCUAUCGAUUGGAUUUGUUAAGAGAAAAACGAGUACCUCCGACUAAAGCCUACGUGACUUUGUUGACUUUAUAUGAUAUGCUCAAUAAGGAAUCUAAAAGGCUGAUGUUGAAUAAAUAUGCUGGUUACACAGAUACAGUUUUAACUGAUUUGGUUAAAUUUUCUCAAUCCACAUCGAGCCACCAGCUUAGAGCGAUUCUGAACCGAGUGAAAGAGAAUGGAGACACGCCAAAAACUGAUAUUUUAGUGAAAAUAGAAGAGUUAAUUAAGGAUUUGGACCAAGAAGGCAGUUACAUAAAUAAAGCGCUUAGUGAUAUUCCACCAUUGGCUUUUGCUUAUUAGCAUAGAAUAAUCACUUUUCAUGUUUUUUCAAAUAUUUUUUUUAUAUAAAAUAAUAUUUUCUAUUUUUUUUUGUGAUUUUUUUAAAAGAGGUGUCAAUGGAAUGAUGCAUAUCUACGCUUUGCCUUAAAUUAUAUUUAUUAAUCAAUUAUCGAUACAAUAUCGCACACAUAUAUUAAUUAAAUUAACUCGUCUUCGUGGCACUAGCCAAUUAACAUUAACUUGUAUGCUAAAUACUGACGUCAAUU